GCGCCCUUUCCGAACGGGCCCGCCAUGUUACAUUACAAAAUUCCCAACUCUUACAACACGCGAACGCAAUAAAAAAUAGACAUUAUCUGUGCGUAAUUUAAUAAUAAAAACUACUUUAUAUUUCUGUGAUCGUCAUCUUUUUUUAGUGGACUCUGUGACGUGUUUGACAGUUGAAACUUUUAAUUCGCUAAUGUAGUUGUUUAAAUUUUUCCGCGGAUUUGAGUUUUGUCGGCGGAUUUGUGUGCAGUGCGAAAUCAUUAAUUGGAUAAGUGAAAAGUUUUUAUUUAUGAUCCAUUGUGCCGGGUGAAUAGUGAAUGUGACUGGCGAUGACAAUUUAAAGUGAACUUCUACUAAUGAAGAUAAGUGAUAAAGGAGUGCGUUUGCCCUAAUGAUGUGAAAAAAUAAAACUAUCGUGAUGUGGUUUGCGGCGUUGGUGUGUUUUUUCUGUCAUUUAGGUAUUUCAGCGGGCGGCGGCGGAGACACAAGUGAGGAAGCGACCACGACCACAGUGGACUUCGCGUUCAAUGCCACUUCUAGCACCGAGAGCGUCGCCCAGCCAUACUUCGACAAUGCAACGAAACGCGACUAUACCGCCGCUGUGGGCCAGCCGGCGUAUCUACAUUGUCGAGUAAAAAAUCUGGGAGAUCGAGCGGUAUCCUGGAUACGCAAACGUGACCUGCACAUUCUCACAGUGGGAGUUCACACAUACAGCAGCGACGCGCGUUUCGCCGCACUACACACGGACGGAUCCAACGAAUGGACGUUACGAGUGGCGCCCGCGCAACCACGUGACUCAGGAUCGUAUGAGUGUCAAGUGUCCACUGAGCCUAAGAUUAGUCUGUCGUUUAGGCUUACCGUUGUAGUUUCAAAAGCAGAAAUACUCUCUGGACCGGAGUUGUUUGUGAGAGCUGGUUCUGACAUUAAUCUCACUUGCAUAGCCAGGCAUGCUCCCGAUCCGCCAAGUUUCAUCUACUGGUAUCGAGGUUCAAACGUGGUGAACUACGCCCAACGCGGCGGCAUUAGCGUCGAGACCGAACAGCGCACGCGCACCAGUCGCCUGCUCAUCGCGCGAGCCUCGCCUAGAGACUCCGGCAACUAUACCUGCGCACCAAGCAGCUCAGAUUCGGCGUCCGUGGUGGUGCACGUGGUGAGCGGGGAGCGGCCGGCAGCGAUGCAGAGCCGGUCCAAGAGAAUAUCGCCCUUACCGCCCCUGAUGCUUCUCUCGCUCAGAACAAGUCAAUUGAAAACAUUCCUUACCACAACCAUGCUAUACAUACUUUUAAUGUUUCACUAUUCAUCGAGAUCUAUUAGAAAUUUUCUGUUGAAUAAUUACUGUAUCAGAAGGUUUGUGACUAGAUGACCAGCUCCAGCUAAUGUUGGUAAUGUUGCAUAAAAUGCAGGCACAAACACUUUUAAAUAGGGUUUUUAAUUAGCCGUAAGUCAAACUGACGUAUAAAGAAACGAAUUAUUGUAAUAAGCAUCUUUUAUUACGAAAUCAUUUUAUCGUUGAUUUGUUAAGCUUUGCUAAAGGUAAUUAUUUGGAUAGCGGUUAUAAUUUUUUAUGUAUAUUUUUGUACCUGUAUUUUAAAUUUGCUCUGAUUUCGUUAUUUUAAGAAUUAGCACAAAUCUAAAUUUAAAAUAUUUUUCUUCGUGGUUUUUUCCAGAUUAACAAAAAUAUUCACAUUUUUACCUUAAAUUUUAUAGUUGCUUUCUUAAUUAUAAAUUUCAUAAUAUUUUAUUAUAAAUAUGUUUUACUUUUUAUUUCACUGUGUAAAGUUUUUUUUUCAAGGACUGAGUAGAUUUAUUGAUACUACGUAAAGCAUUGGAUUUAAUUAAAAUACUUGUUUUUUUUUUUUAUUAUUUUUACAAUACUUUCUUUUAAGUAAUAAUUUGAAACUGCAACGUCAAAGAUAGGUAUUUUUUUUUAAUGCAGGAAAUUUUAAAUUGUUUUAAAUUCUAGCUCAAUCAAAGUAAAUAUACUUAUUAACAACUAACAAUUUUAACAUCAUAGUACCUAUUGCUAAUAACAUCUACUGAUAGUACUUACUGUAAAUUAUUAACGAAACAAUUUCAAUUGAUUUUCAUUCACUCAUACCCCUGAUUUGACCUUGUAAAUAUACCUGAAUAAUUGGAAGUAAUGAUUAAUGUCACAUUUACAUGAACAAAUGAAUUUGUAGCUUUAAUUUUCAAUUAUUUGGCCAUGAAAAGCAGGCAGUUACUAUUUUAUUCAGCGUGAGAUAUUCUCAAAGUCAAGUAAUAGACAACAUCGAUUAUUAUUUAAUUUAUUAUUUUUAAUAAUUUAUUUAUAAGUAACCUAACCAAUAAUGAAAAUGCUAAGUUACAAAUUCAAUUGUUUAGUGUCUACAAAACGUGACACAAACAUUGUAAAUAAAACCUUCGUUUAUUAUAUUUUCAUCCAACAUGACGAAAUAAUAAAAAUAGACGUUGAUGUUGUUUUCCUAAUAAAUAAAUAAUUGUACCGAAAUCAUAUUACCCAGCUGGAUAUAGUAAAUAAGGUAUAAUAUUAAGUUUUAGUCAAAUAAAUCUGUGAAUACACUUAGAACAUUGUAAAUAUGGUUUGUAAAUAAAUACGUUUUACGUGUUAUUUA